CCCAUCUUUAGGUUUCUUGCGUACAACGUUACAAAUUCUUUUUACAAUUUCCCAUGUCUUCCAGAGAAUCGAAGAGAAUGGAUGAAUCUGAUGAUCCUAGGGUUUCAGAGUCGAGUGAAUUCUCAAACUUCGAGAUGUUGAUACAAGUCGCUGUCAUGGUUUACGAUCAUGAGUACGGUACUCAUGACGAACACAAGUCAAAGACCAUUGACGAAGAUACAGAGACAGAAGCAAGAAUCUUUGGAGAUACAAUACCUAGAAAGAACAGAACUCACCGAUCAUCUUCUUCUUCUAACAAGACGAUAACACCAUGGACGCGUGUGAUCGAACAACAGAGAUCAUCUGAACUACAAAACCCUAACCCGGAAUCUGAACCUUCUUCUUCCUCUUGCGUUACCCACUUCAAGAAACGUCGCCACAUGGACAAAGAAGAGAGUACUCGCAAGAGACUCAAAAUCGAUAGUCCUUUAGAGGUGGAACCAAUUCAAACAUCACCACCGGAAUGGCUUUUGAAAGUAAUGAAGAGAGAAGAGAACAGCUACAAUCCAAAAUUGAUCUCAACGAGAAAACUCUAUAAGACUGAUCUCGCUAGUCUUCAAGCACGUCUCUCAGUACCUUUUAAACAAGUGAAAAGUCCAGACUUUUUAACAGAGGAAGAAACAAGAAUCAUAAAGGAACAAGCUUUCUUCCUCUAA